UUGUUAUUUAGUGUAAUCAAGUCUCCAGAAACUCGGGUUCAGCUGUUCCUUUAACUUUGAUACAGUAGAUUAUGCUCAUUAUGCGGCUCUGAUCCUGGAUCAGUAUUAGCUAAUCCCCCGCCCGCCUCCUUCAGGAGAAUAAAAACCGCCUGAGCCGAGUCGCCGCCGUCCUCUCGCCAUGUUCCCUCUGCAGCUGCUCGCUCUGCUCUUCAUCUCCACACCAAGGCUCGAGAAGAAGGAGGUGGAGGAGGAGGAGGUGAAGGUCAGGAAGGAGGAGAAGAAGAAUGAGGAGGUGACGCUCAGGAGGGGGGAUCUGCUGGAGGUCCCUCGCACCAUGUUCACCCACUUUGGGAUCUAUCUGGGGGGAGGAAGGUGAGUCUGAUGAUGAGGAAGACGACUGUCUAUCUUCAGGUGGUGAUGUCUCCUUUGUCCCAUGUUUCCUUCACAUCUCCACUUGUAUCCUUCUCUUCUCGUUAAUUUCUUCCUUUCUCCCCAGAGUCGCUCAUUUCAUCCCGGACAUUCUUCCCAUCUUCUCCAGUGACCGCUCUUGGAUCGAUCAGAUGGUCACCAACACUCGGCUCAUACUGGGAGUACUGGCCAAGGUACCGAAGCUCCCAUCAAACCCAGACAGAAACAGAAACGACCGCUUUAGAGUUUAACACUAAACUGACGUGACCUCCGUCUGUUUCUGUCUCAGUGUGGCAGCAUCAGGGUGGACUCCUUGGAGGACUUCGCCUUUGGAGCCGAGAUCCUCAUAAACACCAAAGACCAGGUGACGGAAACACGAAAAACAAAGUCUGUCUCAGGGAAAACAUGUUGAAUUAAUAAAACAAACCUCAAUUUUCCUCGUUAUUUUGGACGUCAAAGGCAAAAACAUGAAGAUAGAAGUCCUCCUCAAAUUCACAUUCCAUUGAAUCUCCUCAAGAAGAUCUAACGGAUGACCUGACUCUCCUUCUUUUUUGUCGUCCAGGUGUGCAGCCUGCCGCCGCUGCAGGGCGAGGAGGUGGCCCGGCGGGCGGAGAAGCUGCAGGGUCAAGUCGACUACAGUCUGCUUUGGUACAACUGUGAGCACUACGUCAUGUACUGUCGCUACGGCACCCUCAUGAGCUUCCAGUGCUUCCAGGUGAGCGGAGAAACUUCAGACAACGCCUCAGAAGUUCAGACUGACAGGUUUUUAGUUAACAGCUGCAGGGAUUUGAGUUCAGUUUGGCUGAAUUUUCCAGGAUCAUAAUGUCUGAAACAGGUCAGAAAAGAUCCCGAAAUGUAACGUCGUGGUUAUGGUUUGUAAAAUAUGAAAGACAUGCUGGGUUUGCUCGGUUUGCCAGGAGAGGUGAGCGACUAUCCUUAAAAUGUCUGUUUUUCUAAUGGAGUUUUGUGACUGUCCCUCGAAAAUCAUCAAGAAAAUCUCAUUAAUUUUACUUUAGAGUUCACACAGCAGUCAUCUCAGCUCUCAUUAUUAAAACUAUUUAUUAAAACUCCUGGAUUUCCAUUUCCACUCCUCUGACCCUUGGAUCACCCUGACCAGGUGUACCAUGGGUAAAUCUCGCUCACAGACCCUCCAGUGUUUGUGUUAAAGUGAGUUGUUGCACACGCCGUUUGGUUCCUGCUGCAGAUUAAAGCCGAUCACAGAUCAGAGCUUUAAUUGGGUUAAGCCUCCGUGUUGCAGAAACACUCGUGGAUAAAAGCUCUUUUGUUUCUCGGUUCUCAUGCUGCAGAUGCUGCGAAAUAAUGAGAAAACUGAAGAGACGAGGCUGGAGUUUUGUUUUUUUAUUUAUUUUUUAAAGAGAAGUUUGAUUUUAAACAUUUAAGAGCAAAAAUAUGGAGACAGAAGACGGACAAAAUAACAAACUCAAAAAAGUGAGAAACAGCUUUUUUUGUCAAUAAUACAGUGUAACUACUCCAUCUAGUGGCUAAUCUUAGUUAUAACUCUCUCCUUUGCUUCUUCUUCUCCUCUUCCUCAGUUCUGUAAAACGUCCAGGAAGCUGCUGCUGAGUCGGCGUGUUGCCAAGGUGACAGCGAUGCUGCAGGUGUGCGUCCUCCUCUACCUGGGAUGGUUGAGUUCAGUCUACGCCCUGCUGACCUUCAUGGUGCCCUUCCUCAUAUGGAUGGCCGCAUAAACCCACAAAAAUCAUUUUAUAAGGUUUAUUUAUCAGAGGAUAAUGUGUGUUAAAGUUGAAAUUUGUGUUAUGAGUGAAAUAAAAAAGAGUAUUUUUAUGAUAUUUAUGAUUUUAUUCCAUGUACUUUUGGGAUAUUCUCUGAUACUUUUGGUGUAUUUGCAUUACUUUUGUUAAAACAACAACAACAAAAAAGAAAAAAAACAAAACAAACAAACAAACAAACAAACAAAAAAAAACUGUAAAAUGUUUCCAAUACUGUUUACUUAAAAACAACAACAACAAUAACAAGUUUCCAAUACUGAUGUUUACUAAAAAAAAGAGAAAAAAAAAACAACCCAAAGCUGU